AUGGUCCAGCGAACACUUUGGGGACACACCGUUGAUUUGGAAAUUCCGGAUGAUGUGUUUCCUUCUGAGGAACGUCUGAAAGAGCUCGAUGAAAUCUUUGAUAAUCCGGAACAUGGAUACUUUCCAGGGACAUUUCAGGGCAAACAAAUCUUUUAUCGCAAAAAUUUACCCAAAGAUGGUAGCAGCAAACCCAAAGGUGUCAUUGUUUAUCAGCAUGGCAUCCAUGGACAAUCAGGACACGGCAUGAAAUGCAAAGACGGUCGGUACACGGAUGUAGCCUUGCGGAUUCGGGAAUUUACAGAGGCAGGAUUUGCCGUCUAUGCCCAUGACUUUCUCGGACAUGGAUUCUCGGAAGGAACGCGGUUCUUGAUUCCCUCUGGGGAUUGGAAAAUCAAUCGAGAUGAUACCGUCCAAUUUGUCAAUACAGUUGUCAUGAAGGAACAAGCGGACGAUGUCCCCUUGUUUCUCGCUGGAGAUUCCUAUGGAGCUUGUGUCACCAUUCAUGCCGCUCGAUGGUUCCAAGAUCAUCCCGAGGAGACACCCAAAAGUUUUCAUGGAAUUCUACUCAAUUGUCCGGCCAUUCAUGGCGAUUUGCCACCGGCUCCUGUUGUGGCCGUCCUGCGACGACUGGCGGUCCUCUUUCCAUCGUGGACGCCCUUUUUCAUGCCACAUCCCAUCAGCUCGGAACGAGUUUGGAAGGAACCAGAAGCAUUGGAAUACUUUGAAAAUCUCAAGGAUGGACUGUCAUUGGCCGGUGUACCCUUUUGUUUGGGAACGGCAUUGGGACUACUAGAAGCCAUUGAAACUGUUCAAGCGCAGGCUAUUCCAGGCUUUACCAUUCCCUUUUCCAUCAAUCAUGGGACAGAAGACUAUGGCGUGCCCAUUAGUGGAUCCGAAUACAUGAUGGACAAGGCCGAUACCCCUGCGGAAGAUAAAGCCUUGAACAAAAUUGAAGGUGCCUACCACAACUUGUACACAUCAGAAGAUGCCAAGGACCGUAUGAACUUGGAAAUGAAAUGGAUCAAGGAGCAAAUCGAAAAACAAAAGCAAUCCACAUAA